GUGAGUCUUCUGCUGGGAGCUGGCGCUGCAGAUGUGGUCGGCGGCCACCAACCGGGCUAUCCAAGCGCGCGGCCGCGACGACCUCAACUCGAUCACGGGCAACCUGUUCGCCCCAGGGCCGUACGUGCCGCUGAUGCCCAAAGGGCAAGGUCUCUUCGACCCAAGGGCGAUGGAGCGGACCAUGGUGCAGGGCGGCACGUUUGUCUUUGAUGGAGACGAGCAGAUCUUCACUCACUACGACUCGUCGAGCGGCGCUCACGCUGACCUGGGCGAGGUGGUCCAGCUCGCGACGGAGGGCCGCACGAG